AUGGCACCUAUGAAAAGCUGGAUGGUAGGGCUACUGCUGGUGCUACUGUGCCCAUCCCAGGCCCCUCUUUCUGGUGCGGUAAAUGCCCAGGACGUGGCCGACACAGAGGCAAGCGCAAGAAUUGUUGAGGAGGUUGUGGCAGAAGAGGUCGAAAAUGCUGAGGGUGAUGAUGGUGCAGGCGAAGAGGAGGAACACGUAACGGAGGGGGAAGCGGAGGAAGAGUCAGAUGAUGAGGCUGAAACUGAUGAACAGGAGGUGGAAGAGGAGGAAGAGGAAUCUGAUGAGGAGGAAGAGGAAUCUGAUGAGGAGGAGGAGGAGGAGGAGGAAGAAGAGGAAACUGCUGAAGAGGAGGAAGAAGAAGCUACUGCUGAGGAGGCAGAGGAAGAGGAGGAAGCAGAGGAGACUGCUGAGGUGGAAGAGGAUGCUGAGGAGGAGGCAGAAGAAGAAGAGGAGGAGGUAGAGGAAGCUGAUGAGGAGGAGGAAGCUGAGGAGGAGGAAGAAGAAGAAGAAGAAGAAGAAGAAGUAGAGGCCUCUGAGAAGGAGGACGCAGAAGAGGAAGAGGCUGCUGAUGAGGAAGAGGAGGAGGCUGAUGAGGCAGACGCAGCAGAGGAAGACGAGGACGAGGAAGAGACUGCUGAUAAGGAAGAGGAGGAGGAUGCUGCUGAGGAGGAGGAAGAAACUGCUGAAGAAGAGGAGGAGGCUGAAAACGAGGAGGCGGAGGAGAACGAGGAGACAGCUGAGGAAGAAGAGGAGGAGGCCUCUGAAGAGGAUCAUGAGGCAGCUAACUACCAUGCUGGCUCAUUGUGUAGUGUUUGCUCCAUCUGCGAGUACUGUUCCAGUAAUUGUGACAACUGCCCCUGUGAGGAGGAAGAUGAAUCGGAUCACUGUGAGCACUGCCAAGAAUGCUCAUCCUGCUACCUCUGCCCCAUACUGUGUGACACAAUUUGCACACCAGGCGGUUUGGUUGAUGAGCUGACUGGGACCAUCUUUCAGUAA